AUGGCUAGGAGCAGAGAGGUGACGGGCUGGGGGAGGAUGGCUGGAGGCGAUGGUGCGGCGGCGGCGGCGGCGGCCGUGGAGAAGGCGGUGAGGUGCCUCGGCAGGGGCGUCGACAUGACGGGCGACCUGAGGCUGAAGCACUGCAAGGAUGCGGGGGGCUGCCUGGUCCUGAGGACCGGCGAGAAGGCGGCGACGGCGGAGAAGGUCGUCGUGCCGGGCUUCGGAGUCGUCGCCGAUGUGCCCGCCGACGUCAAGUGCGGCAAGGGCGACCGGAUCAGGUUCAAGUCCGAGGUGCUCGAGUUCAACAAGAUGUCUGAGGUGUUCAACCACCGGAAUUCGCUGACGGGGAAGAUCCCGUCGGGGCUCUUCAACUCGUGCUUCGACCUGGAGUGCAGCUCCUGGGCCGAGGACGCCUCCGCCACCAAGUGCCUCGCCUUCGACGGCUACUUCAUCUCCCUCCUCGACCUCUACCUCGACUGCCGCCCGCUCGCCCUUGCCGACCACGUCGUCCGUGACGUGCCGGCGGCAUGGGACCCGUCAACCAUAGCAAGUUUCAUCGAGAAGUAUGGGACCCACAUCAUUGUUGGGCUGGGUUUGGGUGGCCAGGAUGUGGUGUAUGUGAAGCAGGACAACUCGUCUCCACUGUCCCCAUCUGAGAUCAAGGAGCACUUGGACAGGCUAGGUGACCAGCUCUUCACUGGGACAUGCACUCUGCCCCCUUCAAACCGCAAAAGCAGGGACCACAAAUUUAAGGUCCCUGAGGCCUUCAAUGUAUUUGAUGCCAAAGUGACACAGCAAAGGCUUCAAGGAAUGAUUACUCCAGUGUCCUGCAAAGAGGGUGUGACGGUGAUAUACUCCAAGAGGGGAGGGAAUGCAGCAGCGAGCGAUCACUCAGAGUGGCUGCUCACUGUGCCCACAAUGCCGGACGCAAUAAACUUCAAGCUUGUGCCUAUCACAUCCCUUCUCAAGGGAGUAACUGGCGUGGGCUUCCUCUCUCAUGCCAUCAACCUAUAUCUCAGAUACAAACCUCCAAUAGAAGAUUUGAGGUACUUCCUAGACUUCCAGCACCACAGAUUGUGGGCUCCAGUACUCAGUGACCUACCACUUGGUCCCUGCUCAAACCGACAAGGUGCCAGUCCGGCCUUGAACUUCAGCCUUGUAGGUUCAAAGCUAUAUGUCAGCUCAAGCGAGGUGAUUGUUCCAAGAUUACCAGUCACCGGGAUGAGAUUACACCUGGAGGGCAAGAAAAAUAACCGCUUAGGCAUCCACCUGCAACAUUUGUCAAACAACCCAACGUUCAUCAACGAAAGAUCAGCCAAGCAGCCGAUAUGGCGCGGAUCGGAGAUGAUCUCCGACGAGCGAUACUAUGAGCCGGUCCAGUGGAGAAUGUUUGCCCAUGUCUGCACAGUGCCGGUGAAGUACGACCCUCGCUGGGCCAGCGCCGGCUCGCCGUCAGCCUACAUCGUCUCCGGCGCCCAGCUGCACGUCAAGGCUCACGACUCCACCAAUAUCCUGCACCUCAGGCUCUUGUACACCCAGCUGCCGGGGCACGCCGUGGUGCAGUCCAAAUGGGCGCACAACACGGCGAGGCUGUCGGGCAAAGGGAGCUUCCUGUCCAAGUCGUUCGCAGCGUCCUUAGGCGCCGGCGUUGACAAGGAGCAGCAGCACCCGGCGAGGAUUCACAUUGACUCCGCUGUGUUCGCCGGAGGCCCACCCAUGCCUGUCGGGACCCAGAGGCUGCUCAAGUUUGUUGAGACGUCUCAGGUGACCAUGGGCCCACAGGACAGUCCUGGAUACUGGCUGGUCACUGGUGCCAAGCUGGAUGUUGAAAAGGGGAAGAUCUCACUUCACGUCAAGUUCUCCCUGCUUGCUCCAGUUUCUUGA